CUGAGUACAUUAGAGGGGACUAGGCACUUCAUCUGGACAGUGGUUUCAUUGCUGACAACAUGGGGUAUUCAAAGCUCCUUGCAGCUUUCCUUCUCAUCCUCUCCCUCUGCCGUUCAUCUCUGGGUCAAACGUACAUAAUGGUGGCCCCAAACAUCCUUCGGGUUGGCAGUGAGGAGAACAUAUACUUGGAGAGCUCUGUGGGUGGUGAGGUGAACCUUAUUGUGAUGGACUUUCCUUUGAAAAGAUCUAAGCUUUAUGAAAAAAAACAGAUCCUUGGAGACAACAACCAGGCUCUGCAUCAGCUAAAGCUUGAUCAAAAAGACUUCAAAAGCAAUGUUAGAGGCAAUCAGUAUGUGCACCUGACAGCAACAUUCGGAGGCAGACAAUUGGAGACAGUUGUUUUGGUGUCCUUCCAGGCAGGUUAUGUCUUCCUCCAGACAGAUAAACCUAUCUAUAACCCUGGAGAGGACGUUAAGUACAGGCUAUUUGUCACAAACCUUGACGCAAAGGCAGCAAAAGGUAUUGUUGGUGUUGGUUUAAAGAGUGUUGAUGGCACUAUAAUCUCGCAGACCAAAAUGAGUCUGAGUGUCAAUGGACUUUUUGCCCACCAAUUUUUGCUCCCAGAUAUCGUCAAGGAGGAAGGAACGUGGACCAUCGAGGUGAAAUUACAGAGUGAACCUGACAGGGUCUUUAACACCUCAUUUGAUGUGAAGAAACAUGUGUUGCCAACAUUUGAGGUCACAUUGAAAACCAGGAAGCAGUAUUUACAUGUUCUGGACAAAGACUUUCAAGUGGAUUUAGAAGCUAUGUACUUCUCUGGAACGGCGGUUGUAGGCUAUGCAUAUGUCAUGUUUGGAUAUGUGUGCAAAAAUGGCAUGAAAAUCCAGUUAUCCACCUUACUACAAAGGCACCAAUUACAAACAGGGACAACCACAGCCAUAGUGACAGUUGCUCAAAUCAUUGCUGCCGCUAAAGACGUUAAUAGUAUUGAUGAUAUCCUUGAAUGUUCUCUCUAUGCAAGAGCUACUGUCUUCACUAGCUCAGGCAGUGACAUUGUAACAGCAGAACUCACAGGCAUCAAAGUGGUUAAAUCUCCUUACUCAAUUUAUUUUACCAAAUCCUCCAAAUUCUUCAAGCCAGGCCUACCAUUUAAUCUUCAUGUAUACCUGACUGACACUACUGGCUCUCCUGUAAAGGGCAUUGAAAUAGAGCGUGAGGGACUGAAAUACUUCACAGACAGCCACGGAAUAGCUGUCAUCACCAUUAACACUGUUCGCACAGACAAAACAAAAAAUGUCCAAGUGACAACCGCUGUCUCUGGUUUACAUAAUUCUAGUCACCAGGCACGAAAAGAUAUCACACUUUUAGCAUACGAGACAAAGACAGUCAAAGAGUACAUCCACCUUUCUGUGGACAAAUCUGUUGUGAAGAAGGAUGAGAACCUCUACGUUGCCGUUAACUUCCUUGGAGAAAAUGGGGCCCAGGUUUUUCAACAGGAUUUCAUUUCAUACAUGGUGGUCAGCAAAGGGCGGAUCAUGGAAAUGGGGAAGUGGAAUUCAAAGGACAAAGCUCUCCUCAAAGAAACCUUGAAAGUAACUCCAGACAUGCUCCCUUCCUUCCGCCUGGUGGCUUUCUACAUUGUGCCAUUGCAAGGUUAUGACGUGGUGGCUGACUCACUGUGGGUGGACGUGGAGGACCAGUGCAUGGGACAGCUAAAACUAUCCAUAAAGAAAUCUAAUAAACGCACAAGAGACUUCCGCCCAAGAGAAGAGUUCUCUCUGAACGUCGAGGGAGACCCAGGUGCCAAGGUUGGGCUGGUGGUGGUUGACAAGGCUGCUUACAUGCUGAGUAAAAAGGGCAAUCUCACGCAGGCCAAGAUCUGGGAUGAAGUAGAGAGGAGUGACAAAGGGUGCACAAGGGGAGGGGGGCGAAACAACAUGGCAAUUUUCUCAGAUGCUGGCCUCCUGUUUGUAUCCAAUCAAGAAAAAACAGCACCUAGACAACGAUUCAGUUGUGACACAGAGGUACCUAAAAGGAGGCGACGGGCAGAGUCUUUACAGGAAGCCAAAUAUGAGCUAGCGAGACAGUAUGAAGAGAAUGCGAAGAGGUGCUGUCAUGAUGGCAUGAUGGACUUUCCCUUGGACUACUCAUGUGAGAAGCGCUCGCACUACAUUACAGAAGGGCCGAAGUGUGUGGAGGCCUUUCUACGCUGCUGUCAAGGAAUCCAGAAAGAUAAGAUAAGCUUCACCACCCCAGAACUGAUCCUCGCUCGCACAAAUGAAGAUUUGUAUGAUGAAGUUGAGGAGGACAUUAUUAUCCGCUCUAAAUUUGAUGUCAGCUGGAUGUGGACCACCAUACUGCUGAGUGAUAAAGAAACAGAUGCUGGUAUUGUCACACAUGAAAAGACUAACAUGGUUCUUCAAGACUCCAUCACACAGUGGAUGGUCCUCGGCAUCAGUACCUCUGAAACCAAAGGUGUAUGUGUAGCAGAACCUGUAGAAAUGACUGUUGUAAAGAACUUCUAUGUGGACCUGCGCCUUCCAUACUCUGUUGUAAACAGAGAACAAGUGCAGAUCAAAGUAGUUAUACACAACUACGAUGAAGAGUCUCAAGAGGUCACAGUUUUGUUAAAGACCAGUGAGGAUCUGUGCACAGCAACGAAUUACGGAGGAUCCUACAGGAAAAAAAUUUAUGUGGACAAAACGUCACAGAAAGUCCUGUACGUCACUGUCAUUCCCAUGAAACCAGGCAAACACCAAAUCACUGUAACGGCCCGGAGCGAGCAUUAUAGAGAUGGCAUAGAGAAACAACUUCUUGUUGUGCCAGAAGGAGUGGAGAUGGCCAAACUAGAGGAAAGGUUGUUGCAACCAGAUUUUAUGAAUGGGAAGCAGACAGGAGAAGUUAACAUUAACCUGAAGAACAUGCUUCCAGACACAGUGUCAAGUACUUACAUCACUCUAGAAGGGGACUCCCUGGCAGAUACAGUAAUCAACUCCAUUGGUGGCGCAGUGCUGAGUAAACUCAUUAAGAUGCCGGGUGGCUGUGUCGAGCAGAACCUGGUUUCAAUGACUGCCCCCAUCAUCGCCACACACUACCUGGACCACGCCAAUGCCUGGGAGGAGGUGGGAGUGGAGAAGAGAGCUGAGGCGCUUGAAUAUGUAAAGCUAGGCUAUCAAAGACACCUUAGUUACAAAAACUCUGAUGACACGUAUCCUCCAUAUUCACAUGGUAGAAUCCCAAGCACAUGGGUGACAGCUUACACUGCCAAGGUGUUUGCAAUGGUGUAUAUGUUUGGGGACGUGGAGGAUAUUAGAGUGUGCAAACCUUUGAAGUUCCUUGUAAAAAAACAGAACUCUGCAGGAAUUUUUCAAGAAGACGCUCCAAUCAAUAGUUUGAGGCUCACAGGUGGGAUAUAUACGGAAGGAGAUGUGGCAACAACUGCUUUUGUUCUGAUAGCCAUGCAAGAGACCCUCGGGAUCUGUAAGGAUAUAGACACGGACCUAGAUGGAGCCAUGAAGAACGCCUCAGAUUACAUAUUUAAUGCACUUCCUGCUCAAUCCAGUCCCUACUCUGUAGCCAUAUCUUCCUAUGCCCUGGCACUGACUAAAAAACCUGAAUGGAAAGAGAAAAUCUUAAAAGAAUUAGAUCGAACAAGCACAGAGGGCACUCAUUGGGGUGGAAAUGAUGAUAAAGGGGUGGAGGCAACAGGGUAUGCACUUUCAGCACUCGUGACACUGGGUGAGCUUAAGAGAUCAGAGGCUGUGAGUGACUGGCUGGUGGCCAAGAGUCAAGCAAAUGGCCAAUUUGGGAACACACAGUGCACCAUAGUGGUGUUCCAGGCCCUUUCUCUGUUCCAAAAACAGAAGCCUGCCCCACCGGGUAAUGACAUAAGAGUAAGCCUGUCUGUCAACAGCCCUGUCCGCACGGGCCAAAGCAGCUCUAUCAAAUGGAAUUUAGACCAGAGAUCCAGGUUUAUGUCACGAUCUGAAAGGAUACCACAGCUGACGGAUUUCACUUUCGAAGCAAAGGGGUCAGGGAGAGCAAAAUUAAAGGUCCUGACAACAUACUACGCAAUGCUUGUGAAAGAGCAGUCAGUUUGCAAAGGAUUUAACAUGAGCCAUUCAAUAGAAAAGAUGAAUGAAGCACAGGCUCCAGACGGUGUUGUCGGUGUCUACAAACUGACCAUAUGUGUUAGGCCUCUUGAAGGGACCUCCAACAAGAUGACCAUUCUGGAUGUAUCUCUUCCUUCAGGUUUUGUGCCUGACUAUACAAGUCUCAAUGAGUUGUUGUCUCGCAAGGACAAGUUGAUUCACUUCUACCAACUGGACAAGGAGCUUUCUGAUAAAGGAUCUCUCAUUAUUCACAUAUACGAUCUAUCUCCUAGUCCUAAUUCUGAUUACUGCGUACCAGUGACUCUGUAUCAAGAAUUUACUGUGCGCCUUCUACAGCCUUCUUCAAUUAGGGUGUAUUCCUAUUACCAAUCAGAAAAGAGCUGCACCAGUUUCUACAGCCCCUUUAAGAGUAGCACAGACGAGGACAUUAUCUGCAGCAAGAAUGGAUGUGCGUGCAUUGACAAAAAUUGUCCAUCCGUGAAGAAGGCUCAGUCGUUAACAGCUUCUGACCGUGAAGAGAGAGCCUGCUUUGGGACUAACCCUGUUUACAACAUUCAAGUAAAACAUAUACAAGAGGAUGAGAACACCCUGAUCAAAUAUAAAAUGGAGAUUCAAAAGGCCUAUAAACUUGGGAAUGAUUUACAAGUGGAUGUUAAAACGGAGAGAGAUUUCUAUGCCCACCGCAUGUGCCAGACUCUUGGUUUGAAGAAGGAUAAAUUGUAUUUAUUCAUAGGCAACCCAAAAGACAUAAUAGUGGGUGAUGAUGGCAGUUAUUCUUAUGUCCUGUCGGGAAACACAUGGCUGGAAGAAUUUGAAUCUGGGGGAGAACAGGCGACUUUCCUGAAUAAGCUUGAGACGUCUGGCUGCAGCACUUGAACACAGUGGUCCAGUUUGCUGGUUCAUCCCACAUCUGUGCAUGUAGAUGACCCACACAGUUAACUUAACUAACUUUGAGACAUGAUGUUUAUCCUAUAUUGCAAAAUAAAUGAAAAUUAAACUGAAAUAUGCUAUGAAUUUUAUGAAUAAUGACUAAAUGAUGUAUACAUUUAACAUAGAACAGUAACUAACAAUUCUACCCUGUCACUGUAUGAUUGUAUGAAAUUGAUUAGAAUCAUAAAUCUAAAUCUGAUGUGUGUAGUUCUAGUCAGAAUUAGAACUUUUUGUUCCUUUUUAGUAUGUAAGCAGAGUGCAAGUGUGAAACAAAUUAUAAGAGGAGCUAUCGACAGACAA